UUUUUUUGCCCUCAUAUUGACCCUAAAUCUAAUCAGCAUUUUUCAUUGGACACCGGAAAUUUUGAUCAUCGUAAAAUGAGUAAUGAGGAAAAGUUGGAAUACCUGAAAAGCAGAAUUGGUGAUUUCCCUGAUUUUCCAAAGAAAGGCAUUCUUUUCCGCGAUAUUUUCAGCGCAUUGACCGAUCCCCUUGCUUGCAGAUACUUGAAGGAAUUGCUUGUGCAACAAAUUAAACAAAAAUAUUCAGAUGCUGAGAUCAUCGUUGGGUUAGAAUCACGUGGUUUCCUCUUAAACUUGCUGAUAGCAACUGAGUUAGGCUUAAGUUGCGCGCCAGUGCGAAAAAAGGGUAAACUGCCUGGCGAAGUAAUAUCAGUUGAAUACGAAUUGGAGUAUGGCAAGGAUACCUUCGAAAUGCAAACAAACGCGAUUAAAAAGAAUCAGAAGGUGGUAAUCGUUGAUGAUCUACUUGCCACUGGAGGAUCUCUGAAGGCUGCGAUUGAGUUGGUGCGUAAAGCUGGCGGUACUGUUAUCGGAAGCAUUGUAGUGAUAGAGUUGGAAGAUUUAGCUGGACGUGAUAAAAUAGAUUGUGAUGUACUAUCUCUGAUUAAAUACUAAAUUAGAGUUUUUCAAAAUAGUCUGACUGUCAAGGCAUAAGAUACAUGCUCAGGAAAACUUUAACAUAACAUAUUUACGUAUGUAAGUAUGCAAUAUUUGUACUUAUAAAAAAGCGAAAGAGAAAUCAGCAGUACUAACAAAUGUUCCAUAUUGUAUAUUAACUUACUAAUUAGGGUGUUUGUAAAAGACAGAGUUUUAUAGUUUUGUACGUUAGCUAAUGAAAUAUAGAUAAAAUACGUUAUAGUAUACAUUUGUACAAAGUCAAGCAAUUAUUAUUAGCAACUAUACCUAAAUCACAUUAUAAUGAGCAAUAAUAAGCAAUAAAUUAAAUCACCGAGCAAA